UCGAGCAGCUCGCACGCUAUAAACGCAAUGCCCAACAUGGAUCUCUACAACAUGCCCAUGGCGCCGGCCAGCCGUGCCAUUCAGAUGAUUGCCAAGGCCUUGGGCCUUGAACUGAACUCCAAGUUCAUUAACACAAUGGAGGGAGACCAGCUGAAGCCGGAGUUCGUGAAGAUCAACCCCCAGCACACCAUUCCCACGCUGGUGGACAAUGGAUUCGCCAUCUGGGAGUCCCGUGCCAUCGCUGUCUACCUGGUGGAGAAGUACGGCAAGACCGAUUCGCCACUGUACCCCAAGGAUCCCCAGAAGCGGGCUCUGAUCAACCAGAGGCUCUACUUUGACAUGGGCACCCUCUACGACGCCCUGGCCAAAUACUUCUUCCCCCUCUUCCGCACCGGGCAACUGGGUGAUCAGGAGGCCCUGGACAAGGUUAACUCCGCCUUCGGGUUCCUCAACACCUUCCUGGAAGGCCAGGAUUUCGUGGCCGGCAGCCAACUGACCGUGGCUGACAUCGUCCUCCUGGCCACCGUCUCCACCGUCACAAUGUUUACGUUUGACUUGCAGAAGUUCCCGAAUGUGGAUAGGUGGUACAAGAGUGCCGCAAAGGUCACUCCUGGAUGGGAGGAGAACCUGGAGACCCUGAAGCAGGCGAAGAAUUAACUUUUUCCACUCCAGUGCACUAGACGAUUCCUAUACGCAAUGUCCACCAUGGAUUUCUACAACAUGCCCGGUUCUCCGAGCAGCCGUGCCGUCAUAAUGACUGCCAAGGCUCUUGGACUUGAGCUGAAUAUGAAGCUAUUGAAGGUCAUGGAGGGCGAGCAACUGAAGCCGGAGUUCGUGGAGCUCAAUCCCCAGCACACCAUCCCCACCCUGGUGGACAACGGGUUUUCCAUCUGGGAGUCUCGUGCUAUUUUGGUCUAUCUGGUGGAGAAGUACGGCCAGGAUGACUCACUAUACCCAAGUGAUCCCGAGAAGAAGGCCGUGGUCAAUCAGCGGCUCUACUUCGAUAUGGGCACCCUGUUCCAGAGUUUCAUCACGGCCAUCUAUCCUCAGAUCAUGAAAAAGCAGCCAGCGGAUCCGGAGGCCAUGCAGAAGGUGGACAGCGCCUUCGGGCACCUGGAUACUUUCCUGGAGGACCAGGACUAUGUGGCUGGCGAUUGCCUCACCGUGGCUGACAUCGCCCUUCUGGCCUCCGUUUCGACCUUCGAGGUGGUGGACUACGACAUUGCCCAAUAUCCGAAUGUGGCCAGGUGGUACGAGAAUGCCAAGGAAGUGACUCCCGGCUGGGAAGAGAACUGGGAGGGUGUCCAGAUGAUCAAGAAGUUCGUCCAGGACAACUGCUAGAAGGAGUGAUU